GCUGCGUCCUCCACCGGCGUCAGUCUGCGCCGCGAGUCCGCCGCCCCUGAGCGUCGGCGUCGUACGCGCCGUGGUAUUACGCGAUAAAAUGCCUCUAUUUUCCGAACACAUUUCAAACAUGUAUUACAGUGGAACUCCAUCGUAUACCAGCUCACCGUACAGUUACAGCAGUUCCUUGCUCCCAUUGGGGACAUCGUACAGUGCUACAUAUCUUAAUCCUGGUGCUAGUUACAGCAACCACUCUUCGUUAAUUGGAUACUCUCGAACACCUGUGACUUCAAGAUGGAUCCCGAGUGGAAGAUCAUAUUCGCCAAUGCUCAGUACAAUAUCGGAGCGUGGGACAUCCAGUCCGGUUAGGAUAAAUAGUCCUAGAAGGGCCCCAAUACAAAAUAGAUCUAAUAGAACAUAUAUUUCUGCAUCAUCAUAUACUCCACGACCAGUCAAUAUUAAUACGGCUGACAUCGAUGUAUCUCGUGACAAAUAUCGUAACAAAACAUCAAAUGCUAAAAGUGAACCCACAAAGACAGAAGAGAACUCAAAAACAAAAGAAGACGUAAGUCCGUUUAUGCCUAGGGUAGAAGAUAAACCAGAAACUGGAAUAGACACUUCGCCAGGAACCCAGCGUGGUCCUAUAAAACGUGAGCGUACCGUAGUACGUCUACACACGUUAAAAAGAAAGGAGAGAGAUUCCCCUCGUAAACCAGUCGAAGAGAAACGAAAAGAAGUAAUUAGCUCAGAAAAAGAAUCCAAUAACAUAAAAAGUAACGAAAAUGGAGAAUCAAGGAAAUGGAGAGAGAAACUGUCUGAGGAUUUGAUUUAUAAGGAUACUAAAGAGAAGAGAUCAUUAGGAGAAAAACUCGUUGAAAAAUUUCAAGUAAAAAGUAAGGAUACCAAUAGUGUUGAAGAGACUUUAAACAAUCAACAAAAAACAGAGGUUUUACCUCUCGCAACACCGCACACCAAAAUAAAUAGCAAAUCCCCAGACAGAAGAUGUUCCGUGGAAAUGUUGGCAGAACAGGCAUGUUUAUUAGAUUCCCUUAUUAGAAGAGAAAAUCUUAGUACAGCUACGUUAGAUUUAAGUAAAAUUGGUACUGAUGAAGACAAAGUUGACAGCAAUGAAACUUUCAACAACUCAAAAGCAUCUCAAACAAAAAAUUCUCCCUUAACAACAACAAAAUCAGAUCAUUCAUUAAACACACGGUUAAGUAACUUAAAAGAUCAAAAGCCUACCGCAAAAAGACAUAGUAUUAAAAAAUCUUCGUCAGGAAGUAACAUUUCAAAACUAAAUUCAAUAGAGGAAUUAACCAAAGAACUGAGUCAAAAAAACCUUCCGCCUAUUGAGGAAAGCAGAUCAUCGGUUGGUGAAAAAAGUGUCGAAGAUAAGCCAAAGGUCAAACCUAAGCUUAAAGCUAAAAUCACAUCAACGGUGGAGAUUACGCCACCUUCUAGCCCGUUGAGAUUUAAGGUAGAAAAUGUGACAGUUGAAGAAAAACCUCGUGCACCGCGGAAAGAAAUCAUGUUCAGUAGUGAAGUGGUAAAUGAACUAUCGGAAGAUAAGUCUACUGAAAAUUUGGUUCCCACUACUGAAAGGAAAAUUCAGCAGUUAAACAACGAUCCUGUAUCUCCUGAGCCAGAGGAUGGCAAUUUUUGGAAUAAAAUCGGAAAACGAGAAACUGUAUAUUUAGCAAAAAGGAAACAUCAAAUAGCAAAAGAAAAAGAAAAUCUUCAACGUGCUGCGUUUUGGUACCCUGAAAAUGAAAAUGAACUUGAAGACAAUGAUAAUAGUACGGAAAUUUCAAAUAAUAGCGAGGAUAAAAAAAAUAAAACUACAAUCAAAGCAUGUAAUGUUAAUGACAUUAAAAAACCGGAAGAAGUAAAACAGAUUGAUGGAAAAGUUAAUGCUUCUGAAAAGAGUUCCAAUAAUAAAAUUUCAAACUGUGAGAGUGGCAAUAUUGCUAAAUCAGUUGAAAGUUUUCAAGCAGGAUCUGAUAUAAAAGCAUUAUCAGCAAACAUCCCAUCAGCGAAUAAUAAAGUAAAAUCACUUGAGGAAAUUCCUGUAAGAAAUGAUAAAAUAGAAAAUGCGCCUCCAUUGAUUAUCGAAAAUAAAUCUAUUCCAAAUGAGAAAACUCUGCAAACAUCAGACAAAGUUGAGGUAGACGCAGAACAAAUUAAAGUAAAGGAAAGAUCAGAAAAAGAAAACAGAAAAGUUUCAGAUAAGAAAAAAACCUCUAAUAAAGAAAAGUUAGAGGGAACAGAGCAAAAUGAACAGAUUACAAAUAGUAGCAAACGAAAAAAGCUAAAACGUAUUACCCCAAAGAAAAAUGGAAAAUCGGAGGGAUCAGAAAAAAUACAAAAAGAAAUAACGAAGAAUGAAUCAGAGGCCAAUACGAUUAAUAUUUCUACUAAACGGGUUUUAGAAAACCAAACAAAAGAAUCUGUAAAGGAUACUGAAUCGAUUAAUAAAAACAAAAUAGAACAAGUAAAAUCAAAUACAUCGAAAGAAAACAUUUUGACAAGUGAUAAUGAUCACAAAAAGCUAAACGAUACGGAAAUAGAGAGUAAAGAUAAUUUGCAGCAUACAACUUCGUCUAAUUCCAAUUUAUGCUCUACUGAAAAUCAUUUAGAAGAAGUAGAAAAAGAUUCAAUAGUCGAUGUAAAUGUAAAUCACGAAAAAAGUGAUACCAAGACUUUAGAAAUUCCAAACAUUCCAUGCGAAGAUAUAGAAAAAUGUAAAAUCACAAUAGUAGAAACAAAAGAUACUAGUGAAAGUUCGAAAAAACAAAGUGUAAAGCGGCAAAAUUCGAUUAAGCAAAAUAUAAUCGCAAAACCGAUUAAGCCAGUGAAGGAAGAAAAAGCACUUAAACCUUUAAUUGCAACACCAAGACCUCUUCAAAAGAAAGUUCCACAACAAAUACGUUCAACAAGAUCAUCAGAAUCUUCGUCUGAUGAAGAAACAUCGGAUGAUGACGAGGAAGAAGAGACAAGUUCCAGCGAAGGAUCUGGAGAAUUCUACGAAUGUGAUAAUGUCGACGGGAGAACUUCUACUGGAUCCAAUGAUUCUGGUUUUGAUUCUUCCGCGUCUACGUCGCCGGCGGGAUUCAACUGGGUUAGAAAAGACUGCGAUGUUAACUGCCAUAGAAAGUGUGAAAAGUUGACAGCGAACUUGUGCGGAGUAAACCAGAGGCUUUUGGUCGAAGCUCUUGCGACUCGCACUGCGUCCAGAAGAGGUGGAGAGUGUCCCAGCACGUCAGGCAAUACGACGCAGCCCCUAGGCUCUGAUAUCUUAGAACGAGAGCUUGAACAAUCAACGGCGUAUGGGCUUUUCAGAAAGACUGGCAGAUUCACACCGCCCGCUCGCUCUAUUCCUCGCUUCAGGAAGUACACUAUUGAAGAUUUCCAGUUUAUCAAGGUGCUAGGAAAAGGUAGCUUUGGCAAGGUGUUACUUGCAGAGUUAAGAGACACAGAGUACUAUUAUGCUGUAAAGUGUUUGAAGAAAGACGUUGUUCUAGAAGACGAUGAUGUGGAGUGCACGCUGAUAGAGCGCAAGGUCCUCGCUCUGGGAACUAAUCAUCCUUACCUCUGUCAUCUUUUUGCUACUUUCCAAACCGAUUCUCAUUUGUUCUUCGUGAUGGAAUACCUGAACGGCGGCGACCUGAUGUUCCACAUCCAGCAGAGCGGCCGCUUCCCGGAGCCUCGCGCCAGAUUCUACGCCGCAGAAAUUGUCUCCGGGCUUAAGUUUUUGCACAAACGCGGUAUUAUUUACAGAGAUUUAAAACUAGACAACAUUUUACUGGACUACGAGGGGCACGUGCGCAUCGCGGACUUCGGCAUGUGCAAGCUGCAGAUCUACCUCGACAAGACUGCAGACACAUUCUGCGGCACUCCAGAUUAUAUGGCCCCUGAGAUAAUAAAAGGUUUGAAGUACAACCAGACGGUGGAUUGGUGGUCGUUUGGCGUGCUGCUGUACGAGAUGCUGAUCGGCCAGAGCCCCUUCAGCGGCUGCGACGAGGAUGAGCUCUUCUGGUCCAUCUGCAACGAAAUGCCCUCCUACCCGCGCUUCCUUUCUCAAGAGGCGCUUAGCAUACUCACCAGAUUGCUGGAUAAGGACGCGCGGACUCGUCUGGGCGGCGCAGAAUGCAUGCACGGCGACGUACGCGACCAGGACUUCUUUCACGGCCUCGCCUGGGACCGCUUGGAGCGUCGGGAGCUCGACGCACCAUUCAAACCACGAGUGAGGCACCCACUGGACACACAAUACUUUGACAGAACAUUCACGGGGGAGCGGCCGCGGCUGACCGCAGUCGAACCUCAUGUGCUACGCUCCAUGGACCAAGAACCGUUCAGGGGUUUCUCCUACACGAACCCGAAUGCCACAGAUCGAUAAAAAUAAAAGAAAAAAUUGUAGGCUACGAUUAAAUUUUGAAAAUUUCCGAUAAUACCUGUUAGAUACAGUGCCUUGAAAAUGCCAAAGAAUAGACAAGUCAUUGUUUAACAGUGGAGAAAAAGGCCCGUUUUGGUAGGCUUUUGGCAAUAUUGCUGUUUUAGUAACACGAUCGUGUUAAAUAAUUGUGUGACUUUAGAAAGAGAAGUCCUCUUCCUUUUUGGGGAUAAGAGACAGAACUUUAUCAUUACGGUCGAUCAAAGAAUCAGUUGAUUGAUUAUUGUGUCUGGCACACAAAAGUAAAAGCUUUGAUGUUAUGUAUUUUAUUACUAUGUAUAAUAAUAGUUAUUACAUAGUCCGUAAAAGUAAAUAAUCAUGAUGAUGCGGUCCCUACUAGUCAAUUUCACAAACUACCGAUGGUUUUUGAGUUUGUGGAUCAGUCAUUACUUUAGCGGCUGGGCCGAAAAUGCGCACCUUUUUGUAAGUACAUAUAAUGAAUGUAUUUAAUUACAUAAUUUGAUAAUUUUUAUAGCAUUGUGUCGAGAUUUUACUAUAAUAUAAUGUAGUA